AUGAAAGACCAGAAAUUGAGAAAAAUACUAACUGCCAGCGCGCUAGUUCUUGUUUUUCUUGUGGCAGCGUGCCAGGGAAGCGGAAGAGCUCCUAGAGAGGAGGAGCCUGAUGCCAUUAAUCUAUCUGCGGGAGAAAAAAGAAAAACAGCUAGAACAGACAGUUCUGUAGAUCCAUCUUCCACUGGUCAAUCUACACCAGGCAGUAAAAAACAAAAAAAAGAGUGCAGUGCAUCGCAGGAAACAUCCAAUGCUUCUGAUUCAGAGGAAGAGAUUGACAUUAUGACAGUGGAUGAUGUGCAGCCAAUGCAGAUCGGUCAGCAAGAUUUACUGAAAAAGGAAAGACAGAAGAAAAAAGACGGAACAGCAAUGAAGAGGCUGGAGGAAGCAGAGAUGAAGAGACAGAAGAAGCAAAAGGAAAAAGAGAGGAAGCAAGAAGAGGCAGAGAUGAAGAGACUGGAUAGACAAAGAAGACUAGAAGAGGCAAAGAUAGAGAGGCAGAAGAAGCAAGAGGAAAAAGAAAAGAGACUGGAGGAAAAAGAGAUAGAAAAUAUGAGAAAAGUCAAUGUUGGUCUGUGGAACGACAGAAGACUGGAGAACAAAAGAAGAAGAGGGUACAAGGCAAAACACGAGG